ACAGCUGAUUGUGACGUUUAUAGUUUUUGUGUUUAUUUGAAUUUACACGUCCUCUAAUAUUACAAAACUUAAUAUAGUGCUGUUAAAAUGUAUUUUAGUUAUUUUUUAUAUUUAAAAUACAGGUGUUAGCAUGUAGUCCAUGUUAUUAGUCGAAAUAACACUACAGAACAUAGUGAAAUGAUUUGGCUCAUAGAGAAAUUUACAGUCCAAUAUGUUUGGAAGUAGGAACAAAGUAAAAUAUUCUAUUCUCGAUAAAAAUGAUGAUAAUAAUCCAGUCGAAGCGGAAACAGUAGACUUUCAACCGAUGAAACGCAAAUUUUGUACCCCCUCCUGCCUCUGGUCCGCUAUUUUUACAGGGGCUCUGAUAGGAACUUAUUAUAUACCAUCAGUUGGAUUAACAUUUUAUCAAAGAUGGUUACUACAGAGGUUUCGCUUUCCUUUGAUUACUGUCCUGAUACACAUGAUUGUAAAAUUUAUCUUGGCAGCACUAGUGAGAUGCUGCUUUAUGAGAAAAAGGAAUAAGCAAAGGAUAAUUUUAGGAUGGACAGAUUACAUUUUAGCUGUGGCUCCUACAGGAGUUUUCAGUGGAAUUGAUAUUGGUUUUUCGAAUUGGGGCCUAGAAUUAAUAACAGUUUCUUUAUAUACUAUGACUAAAUCAUCAACAAUAGUUUUCAUAUUAUUCUUUUCAAUAAUAUUUAAGCUCGAGAAAAAAUCAUGGAGUUUAUGUGCUAUAGUAUUUAUGAUAACAUUGGGUCUAGUUCUUUUUACAUAUAAAUCGACACAGUUUAAUUUCUUGGGAUUUAUAUUGCUGCUUAUUGCAUCAAUAUCAAGUGGUUUGAGAUGGACUUGCGUGCAAUUAUUAUUACAAAAAUCCAAGAUGGGAAUGGAUAAUCCUAUAGAUAUGAUUUACCACAUGCAACCGUGGAUGAUAGCAUCAGUGUUACCAUUUGCUUUGUAUAAUGAAGGCUUUGAUGUGGUAAGAAGUUGUCAGGUAUUUGGAUUCAUGAAGUUACAUGAUUUUAUGUUAUUAUCUUUAAAAGUAUUAUUAGGUGCAUUUAUUGCAUUCUUUAUGGAAGUAAGCGAAGUUACCCUAGUUACGUACACGUCAAGUUUAACCCUUGCUAUUGCAGGUAUUUUUAAGGAAGUAUUUAUUUUAGCCAUAGCUGUUGAAAUGAAUGGUGAUAUGAUGUCACCUAUAAAUAUUAUAGGCUUGUUUAUAUGUAUCUGUGGUAUAUCAGGUCAUGUCAUACACAAAAUAAAAUCAACAUCACAAAAUAGGCAGACAGGCCGUAAUUAUGAAUUAAACAAUGAACGUUCUGAACUCGGAGAAACACUGAUGAUAGAAGAUAUUAAAGAUGACUUAACCAGUGAUGAUGAAAAAAGUGAUAGCCAAGUACUUUUUGACAUAUUAAGCAGAGAGAAGAGAUACAGUCUCUGAGCCUACAGUAAUAAUUAAGUAUAUA